UUAUAUUUUUAAUAAUGUUUUAUUACAGUGAUGAUUAUCUUUAUUUUUAUAGGAUAACCCCGGACCGUCCGGAGUUCCGCCAUUCAAUUUGAACGAUGCCAUGAUAUUGGUACCACUUCGUCAGCGUGACUACAAUACAUACCGGGCGAAUGAAAUUACCUACCGUGCCAGAAUCGAUGAUGAUAGGAUACCAGAAUAUUUAAGAGAAAGACCGUUGAUAACAGCCGUGAAAAUUGUUAGAGAAUUAUUCACUCUGUUAAUAGAGCGCACUUUUGUUGGGUUGAGACCCACGGAUCUAGUGAGAUUCUGUAUCCAGGCAGAUGGAUUGGAUAAGCCAAUAUCAUCCACUUUGCAACAAGUCAGAGAUUUCACUCUAGAGAAGCUUCUUGGGAUCGUUCUCAAAGUUUUACAAUCGAAGGACAAAAUAAAAUUGUCGGAUGGAUUUACCGUCGAUGUGAUAACGGUGAAACGGGAUGUCGGAGCAGGAGACGGUACUAGGAGAGUUAUCAACGCGAGAUCACAUUCAAGUAAGAGCGAGGAAAAGAAAUGCAAGAAAGUUUAUUAUAAGCUAUGCCUUGCCGUUGCCAAAAUUCGGAAAGAAUUACUUCAAAAGACAGUUCAACCAAUGAGAUUGACCAGCUUCGAAAACGAUCAAUUAUCUUCAUUCCAAGAGAUGAUAUUGGGCUAUGUUGUGCAAAGGCUAUUGUCAGGGCAAUUGCUUUGAAUGAUGGGGAUACAAGAUCCACAAAUGCUUUCCGCAAGGCAUGUCGUCCAGCGUUAAUGAUGAGGGCAAAACAAUUACAUGAAGACGCCGAUGUUCCACUAGGUCCAUGCACAUAUUCUGAAAUUGCAAGGUUUGAGGAAUUUUUAGACACACAAAUAGUGGUAUUUUCCUCCACAAAUGGAAACGGGGUCAGUUUUUUAACUAUAAUUUAAUCAUAUAAAAUUAUUAGUUACAUGC